UGCACCUUUGCUGCGAAGUUAACGAUGAACAGAAAUAAAACGGAGGGAAUAACUUCGUUAUAAAUUAAUUAAUUCCAGUUCCCUUAUUGAAGUCUAAUGUGAUUAUUUUGUGAUGUGAGUUACUGGAUUAAACUUUCAAUGCCCGUGAUCAACACCAAGGCGAUGUGGUCGCGGAAGCAGUCCGUCUGCAGCGCAGUCAGUGGCACGUCCAAGGGCGACGAGCAAGAUGCACACCUUCCACUGGGACAACGCAUCUAUCCGUUUGCUACAGCGCUGCGAGUUAGAGUACUACAGAUAGUCUGCGGUAUUGGAGGAUUGGUUGUUGGCGCCGUUGGAUGGCUGGAGGAAAGGCAAAAGCUAGAGCUCGGACUUGGCGUUCCAGCUGGAGCAGUUACUGUUCUUGCAGCUGCUACCUCGGUGUACUACAGCCGCGGUUUCGGGGGCUGGGUGUCAGCUCGAUCGAGAGCCGUCAGAAGUUGGGGAGCGCCUUGGAGGGUGUUGGGACCAUCGCCAUGCGCUGCCAUUCCGUUGACAGUGCUAUGGACACUUGCGAUAGCAGCCCACAUUGCUAUGCUUGCGUUCUGCAUACGAUCGUUAAUGAAUCUUGGAUGCAGCAGUAGAACCUGUAUAGGAGUGGCCGCGGCGCAACUGACAGUGUCCUUAUCAACUUUAGCUGCUGCUUGUUUCAUGGUACAGGUGGAUUUUCGAUUUGACGCCGCCCUGUCGCCACCGCGACCUUCCGACGCCAAUAUCUGUACCGCUGUAUCCAUGGUACCACUAACAUCGGUGGCAAUCAACAGCGGUAAUAGUGGAGACGGUGGUCCAGAGGGUAGUCCUCUCAGUAAGGAAAAAAACCAACCCCCCGACCCACCUACUUGAUGUGACUCUUACAAAUAUGGACUGUAAAUAUUCUAUAAUCAAAUUGAAUGUAAAUCGAUGAUCCUUUGGCG